AUGUUCGCGACGAGCGCGCGAGCGACGGCGAAAACCGCGCGAGCGGCGCGAACGUACGCCACGGGACUGAAUAAGACGACGCUGAUCGAUCACGUGGCGAAAGAAACCGGAGAAACCAAGGCGAGCGUGGGUCGGGUGUUGAACGCGACGCUGGACGCCAUCAGCGCGACGGUGCGCGCGGGCGACAAGGUGGCCCUGUCGAAGUUCGGGACGUUCGCGCGAAAGCAGCGAAAGGCGCGCGAUGGACGCAAUCCGUUGACGGGCGCGGCGUUGAAGAUCCCGGCGGCAAAUUAUCCGUCGUUCAGCGCGUCGAGCACGUUUAAGGACUUGGUCAAGGGGAAGAAGUAA